CCGGGAGAUGCUCUCCUGCGCACCAGCCCAGAACGGUGGCGAAUGUCCUCCGAGAGCUGGUGGAGAAGCAGCAGCUUUCUGAAGAAACCAUGAGUUUGCUGCAGGCCCAGUUUUCAGAUUUGCCUUGUGAGUUGCACAGCUGGAGGCAGAUGGCAGAAUACUCACCAGAAAUGAGGCAAUUUGCUUGUGUUCUCCACCUCUACCAUAUUAAGGCCUAUGAUUAUCUGCGGAGGAUUUUUCCUCUCCCUCAUCCUUACAGUCUGACAAAGCAAGUUUUUAUUUGUUCAUUCAUUCUGAAUUCCAGUUGGCUCUCUAAUAAUGAGGCUGCUGCAGGCUUCAGCAACAACAUUUUUCUCCGCCUUCAGGAAAAGGUGGAAAGAGGGGAACAGGCCUACCGCUACUGUGCCCUGAUGGUACAAGACAUGUCCCUGCAGAAGCAGCGGGAGUGGGACCUGCAGACCCAACGCCUUACAGGCUUUGUUGACUUGGGAGCAGGUGUCCUUGAUGCCGACGAAGCUCCACUGGCCUCAGAAGCGAUAAUCCUCAUGGCAGUUGGCAUCUCAAGUCCCUGGACAGCUCCACUUGGCUACUUCUUUGUGAACAGCACGACCGGCCACUUACUUGCUCAGCUGCUUCGUCAGACCAUCAACAAGCUGAACAACAUUGGCAUCACAGUGCUGUCUGUGACGUCAGGUGCCACCGCUCGUGGUGCUGAGACUGCCAGAGCUCUGGGGAUCAGAACAGAUCCUGAAAGGAUUCAGUGCACUUUCCAGCAUCCGCCCGGCUCUGCUCACAGCAUCACAUACUUCUUUGACAUUUGCCAUGCCCUCCAGCUGAUUAGGAAUGCUCUGCAAUGGUUCCAGAAGAUAGAGUGUCUCAGUGACACCGUGUGGUGGCAGCAUGUGGUGGACCUGGCAGUUUUGCAGGAGCAGAGGGUAUUAGAGCCAUGCAGUCCCAAGUCAGGCAGACCUGGGAGUGAGGAGAGUUACCACCUGAAGGUCAACCUUGCUACCCUGUUGUUCAGUGAGGGUGUUGCUGAUGCGCUGGAACACCUCCAGGAGCUGGGCCUGGCCUCAUUCCAGAACUGCAGUGGUACUGUCAAGUUCGUGCGUUUGAUGAGCAGUCUGUGUGACAUAUUUCAUGGCAGAGGUCCCUACAGAAGGGGAACGGAGGUGCCUUUGCUAGCUGGAAACUACACCAAAAUAAGCCACCUCUUUAAUGAGGCAAAGAGCUUCUUCGUCACCUUAACAGACUCUACGGGGAGGUACAUUAUUAAGAGCAAACGCAAACUAGGGUUUUUGAGUUUCUUGCUCAAUGCUGAAAGCCUCAAGUGGCUUUAUGCCAACUAUGUGUGUCCAGAAGGCACUCCUUCCCACCACCUCCUGACCUACGCCUUCAGCCUUGACCCACUGGAGCUGUUUCUCGGGGCCCUCCAGCAAGCCUGUGGCAGCAGCGGGAGCCCCACCUGCACUGUGUUCCAGGCUGCUUAUCACAAACUGCUGGCCAGCUGCAGCCUGGCACCAGGCUCACGGCACAGCAGUGGCUCAGGCAGUAUGAGCUCCUUGGACAUAGCCCUGUCUCGUAGGAGAGAUCUGACCCUCGGCAGUGUUCGUGCUCAGUAUAACCCAGCUUGUGGCAGAAUGCUGGCAACAGAGCACCCCUAUUGUGCAGGCCUUCUUUUGCACAGCUCUGCACUGAGUAACGCGCUGACGGACCUAUCACUGCAUGUGCAGAGUGUCACCUGCACCGCAGGCUUCGUUGCUGAGCAGUUAGCCUCUGACUUGCAAUGUGAGGCUUGUCUUGCUUCUCUCUUUGAGUCAGAUGAGAGCAGGGUAAGAUGCGGGUCAGUGCUCUACAUAAAAAAGUUAGGUGGUGUGAGUCUGCCCUCAGCAAGUGUGUACCACAUAACAAGCAUUUCGGAACAAGUCCUAAACCGGUAUGGCAAAGUAGGAGAUGACAACAAAACCAGCAAGCUAUGGCAUUUGUCUCUAGAACAGAAAGUCUUCCAGGAGCUUCUGGGAGAAAGUCCCUUCUUCCCCACUCUCACAAACCAUUUAUUUGAUGGGGAGUUGUGUGUGAACAAUCACUACACAAUCUUAGUAAAGGAAAUAACACGAUGUUACUUAAACAUCAGAACAAACCAUGCCAAACACCUGACCUUGAAAUACCAUUGUGGAAGGAAGGCACAGACUGAAGGGAAAACAUCUGUUUCCAUCACCACUGGGUAGCUGUCAGUCAAGUCAAACUCAUGCAGGGUCAUAAGUGCUCAUUGCUCUUCCAAGGAUUGCUGUCCCCUACUGAGGCUCAGUGAUGGCCAGAUCUAGGCAACACAUGCAGGGAAAUUAUGUGGUGUCUUCCUGUGAUUUGGCUGGCAAAACUGGUGUGAUAGUGAUUUGUUGAGCCACUGCAAGCUGUCUGAUCAGUUUGGAAGUUCAUCUGAUCCUGGGAAGGUGGGAGGGGACACUGCAGCGUGUCCUCUGGAGAUGCUGGGUGGCUUAGUGCUGAGUGCUCUUGCAAGCAAAAAAAUUGAUGUAUCUUCCAUGUAGUUGUAGGGGGAUCAUGUAUGCUGGCAAUUUCGCCAAAGCAGAUC